CUCCCAUUGGCUGGGGCAGCGCCGGGGGUUGCGGGACGCGCCGGCACGCGCAGGCCCGCCGGCAGCGCGCGGGCAGCGGGGGGUGAGUACGGGCUGCGGGGGCGGGGGUCCCGCUCCUGCUCGUGAACCGGUCGGGGCGCGGAGGCGGCGUCGGACGGUGCCCGCGGCCCAGCCACCGGCUCUGGGGUGUCUCCCGGCCCCUCCCGGGGGCGCAGGCAGCGGUUCCUCCGCGCUGCCGGUACCCCCGCCCCGUCCCCCCGCCCCCAGGGCGGUUGCGGCAGGGCCGGGCUGAGGGGCGGGUGGCACAACUCCGGGGUGACCCUUGCUCCUCCGCCGCACCCAGGCGUCCCGGCAGCGGCGGGAGCCUUUGCCCCGGAGGGAGAAGGGAGCGGUGGGGCCGGUUGAAACCCCCGUUCUCCAAAAAACUCCCAUCCCUCAGGUUCUGCGACCCCCGAGGAGGAGAGGUCCCACGUCCCAGAUGACACCCCACUGCUCCUCUCCCUUCUCCGCAGGGCGACCAUGGCUGAGUUCACACGCCAGCGGGGCAAGCGGCAGGAGGACGGCGGGCUGGGCAGCGUCCUUGACGUGCUGUUGGCCAACGCCAGGCUGGUGCUGGGCGUCAGCGGCGCGGCCGUGCUCGCCAUCGCCACGCUGGCCGUCAAACGGCUGAUAGAUCGAGCCACCAGCCCUCGCGAUGAAGGCGAUCCCAAAGCUGAGCAGAAGACCCUAGAGGAGAGCUGGCAGGAUUUGACCUUGAUCAAAGCGACGCCAAAACCCCCCAAGAAGCAGAGAAGGGAAGACCUCAGCGAGCCUCUGCUCUCUCCGGCUCGGCCGCCAGUACCAGAGCCCAGGGUCUGCUCUGCCCCACCGGAGCCUCCUCGGGUCGAAGCCAGCCCUCUGCACUGCCUCACGCUGCAGGAGAAGCUCCUCUCACACUACAGCAGCCGGCUGGCUGUGCCUGAGGCGCAAGCAUCCCUCGCCCUGCAGCUGGCUAGGAGCAUCUGUACCCAACUGCAGAACUUCCUGCGGAGCAAGUGCCCAGAGCUGCCCUUCGGCAGCCUCUUCCUCAGCGGUCCCCUGCUCGAUGGCCUUGGGGCUCUGGUGGCCGACCACAUCCACCUCAUGCUGCCGGUGGUUCUCGAUGCCACGCUCUGGAGCCUCAUCCCUGGAGACGACACCGUGGUGAGGAACCCCCAGUACUGGAUGAUCAAGAGGACUGAUCUGGAGUAUUUCCCUCGUGGGCGCAGCCCCUGGGACAGGUUCAUCGUGGGCCGGUACCUCUCCUCCAACGCGCUCAACGAGACCCUCCACAAGAUGCUGGUGGCCUCCAUCAACUGGCCGGCCAUAGGCAGCCUGCUGGGGAGCGUCAUCCACCCGGUCGUGGCCUCCCGGGAGCUGAGGAUGGAAGUCAAACACGAUCAGGUCAAGCUGAGCAUCACCCUCUUCCCGGUGGUGGAAAUGGAGGACAAGGUUCUUCUGGCUGCUCCUCCUGAAGGACUGGUGGAAAACCUCUGGCUUGAGAGCUUUUACAGGGCAGAGGUCUCGAAGGUGGAGGAGCUGGAUGCUGGUGACUCUGGGGCUCGGCAGCACUGCCUCCGCAUCCUGAACGGUGUCUGCAAGAGCCAUCCUGCCCUGCACAAACUGAGUGGCAGCCCCUUGACCCACGUCGUCCUUCACCUCAGUGCCACCAGUUUGGACUGGGCCGAAGAAAGCCUUGCUGACAGGUUCCAGCAGGUGCUUGAGGAGCUGGUAGGCUACCUGGAGAAAGGGGUCCUUCCAUCCUAUUUCAACCACAAAAUCAACCUCUUCUGCGACCUGUUGGAAGAGGAAAUCGAUGAGAUGGGCUUCAUGCUCUACAGGGCCAUAUCUGAGCCAGAGCUCCUGCUGACUGAGAAAUGACAGACCUCCCAAGUGUAGGGUGUUCCUCGCCCAUCUGCUGCUCCUCGCUGUGAGGGUUGCGAUGCUUCUAGUUGAGUAGUCAGUAAGAGGCAAAGUUCUUGCACUUUAUGAGAAAAAAAAAAAUCCUGUCUGAAUAAAAACGUGCCUGAGCAGAGGUGGGCGUUGGCACGAGGAGCCUUUGGCUGGGAGGCUCUGCCAGACCCGGGGUGAGUGCAGCCUGUGCCUCGAGUACCUACAGGUGAGUCCUGUCUGCUGGGCAUUGGGAGCCAACAUGAAGCACGUUUGGUCUCUGGUUCCCAGCGUGCUCUGCCUGUCCCAGCCUGCGGUCACAGCUUUUGGGCUGCCCUUGUGUUGUGAGACCAGCUGGAGCUGGAGGGGAGGAGUUCCUUGCUGCUGCUGUGUCCUGCAGACCCCAUGGGGUGCAGUGUCCCCUUGGAGACUUGGUCUUACUGCACCAUGAGACAGGGUGGGAGCCUCAUUCGUCUGCAGGAUAUUGCCCAAGCGAUGACCUGGGUGGUUGUCUGGGCACUUCAAGGUACAGCCAUAGCAAACAGGGCUGUGGGUUUAUUUUUUGGAAACCCUUUCAGCUGCCAAAAGGGGUGAGCUCAGCCCUACCUCUUCAUUCUGCCCUGAGGAACGGGCAUGCUUCCAGCACGGCGCUGGGGCUUUGUAGCCCUUGCCCCAUGCCAUGUUUUGCUGCAUGAUGUCCUGAAAAAGGCAGUGGCAGGAAGAGAGCUGCUGACUCCCGGGAGGCUCCUGGCAUCGGUCCUUCGGUGGAGGCUGCAGCAGGGCUGUUCUGCAACAAACCACAGUGUCCCCUUCCAGUCUGUCCAGUGACCUUUUCACAUGUGUCUUGCUGCUGUCUUCAGGUCCCCUUCCCCCCCGCCGAGCAGGGAAUGGGGCAGGAAAGUAGGACAGGAUUGAUGUUCUGAGCAGAGCGCUUGCAAGACCUGAAGUGGUUUAUGCUUUUUAUUAAGAAGGUAUGUUUCAUUUGGGUAUUUUGUCUUGGUUUUUUCCUUUGAGUGGCUGCUAGUAGGCUUCAGUUCUGGCUGUAGUCCCAGGGCGAAAUAAUAUAUUCUUAUAUUUAAUGGAAAGAGCUGUUUUUGCACACUGGUGGAGAUGGAGCAAUCCUGUGGACUUCAAUUGGAGCAGCUGUUGUGGUUUAGUUUUCUUCACAGCUAUCAUCUUGUUUAUGGGAGGGGAAAAAAGCCCUGCUUUUCCUCCCAAUCUGAAGAUUACUUUGUUCCUCCAAACCACUUCCCAGGUGUUAGCGAUGAGAAUAAACCCUUCCUGUGUAAACUGGU